UAGUUUUAAUAGGUCGUAUAGCCCAAUCCUUGGAAAUAUGGGCCAAUUUCCACAAAAUAUCGUCUUCAACAUAUUUCCCUCGCAUAAUUUAUCAGAUUGUCACCUUCUCUUCUCCACUGAAUUUCUUCCUCUCUCUCUCCUCCUUCCACCAUCAAUGGCGGCAACAACCACGGCUAACAAAGUCCAUAACAUCUUCGAAAAUCUCGAAACUCAAAAAGCUAUACUCUGCAAAUGCACCGACCUAUACAAAGCCCUAACUUCCCAUUUCACCAAUCUCCAACAAUCAAUCGAUUCCAAAACCCUAACCCUAGAAGCAAACCUCCAAAAUCUCGAUUCAACCCACCAGAAAUCUCUCGAAGAACUCUAUGAACGCGAAACUUCAAUCCCAGAACGGUUGAUUUCUCUCUCCUCAGAAAUUGAGUCUAAGAAGCAAUCCGCCAUUGCCGAGGUCGAGAAAGCUCUAGAUGAAUCCGCGCCAUUGUCGGAGGUUCUGAGGUCGUUGUGUAGAAGGAUGGACCAUAGUAAUUUGCUGAGGUUUGUGGUGGGUAAGAGGAAGGAAACGGCGUCGUUGAGGUGGGAAAUGAGGGAAGCGUUGAAGGAGUGUGUGGACCCUGAGAGGAUGGUUCUAGAAGCGGUGAAGGAGUUUUUAGCGGCGAAGGAGGCGGGAAUGCGAGGGAUGGCGGAUAAGCGGUGGGCGUGUGGGGUGGUUGUGACGGGGUUGUUUCCGGCGGAGGAGUUGAAGAAGAAGAAGAAGAAGAAGAAGAAGAAGAAGAGUGUUGGGGUUGAUUUUGCGAGGAAGACGGUGGAGGAGGCGGAGGAGGUGGUAAGAGGUUGGAGAGAGAAAACGGAGCAGGUUGGUGAUGGGGAAGGCGGUAUGGGUUCGGCCGAGGCGGCAAUGUUUUUGCAGGUUGUGGUGGGGUUUGGAUUGAAGGAGAUUUUUGAGGAGGAGUUUUAUAGGAAUAUGGUGGUGGAAUUUGCUGCUAGGAGAGAUAUGGCUAAGCUUGCUUUACCCAUUUUUGGUGAUCAAAUUGCAGAUUUGAUUGAUCAGUUGGUAAAAAAUGAAAAGGAAGUUGAGGCAGUAUAUUUCGUUUCUGAGUCUGGCUUAAUUGAAAAGUACCAGCCUGUGUCCCUUCUCAAGUCUUCUUUGCGCCAUGUCAAAAAGAAAACCACAGAAAUACUGAAGAAAGGCAACCAUAACGCUGGUGCAACUGAUGAAGCCAACACUUUUGAGAUGAAUUACACCAGGUCUAUCAUCAGAUGUGUUGAAGACCAUAAGCUUGAGGCUGAAUUUUCUGUUAAUAGCUUGAAGAAGCGGCUUUCUUUGCUGGAGAAAGCAAAGUCUGAUAAGAAAAAAAGUUCUGCAUCCAACAGCUCCAAACCUUCUAACAAAAGAGCUCACAGCAGUGGGGGUCCCCCUCGGAGCAGAGGUGCACCGCCUCCACGUCCUGCAAAAAUGCAAAAAUUCCCGAGUCCGCACCCAACGUAUGGUCAGCGUGAUGCAGUCUCACGCUCACCGGCUCUUAGCCCAGUAUCAAGAUAUCUGGGCCACUACAGUUUGUCUGGUCAGACUGCCUAUGAUCCAGGCCUCACUGCAUCAACUUAUGGGGCAAGUUUACCGAAUCAGACUGCCUAUGAUCCAGCACUCACUGCAUCCACUUAUGGUCAGAGGUAUGAUGCUUCUCUUGCUCCAACUGCUGACCAGGUUGCUCAACAACAGUAUGGAGUAGCUGGUGGCAGUGCUCCUAGUCCUAGUGUUGGGCCACGGUUUGUCGGUUCUUAUGGAUUGCAGAGUGCGUAUGGAACAUAUGAUUAUGGUGCCACCCCGACAUCUACUUAUCAGCCUCCUUACGGAAAAUAAUAUCCGGUACUAGGAGUAGACAUGCUGAUCCUAAGUUAGUACUAGCAUAGAGUAGAGUAUACAUUUCAGUCCAGUAGGGGGAAGCUGUACAUUCUCUCUACUUUGGAGUUGUAUAAAUUUUAAGAAAGGAAGUACAAAGAAGUUUGGAUUGCCUUUUUUUUCAAGGGUAAUCCUUGCUUUAAAAUAUAGGGUUUUUUUUUUUUUAUUUUUUUCAAGCGUAAUCCUUUUCUUUUUGCCUGCAUACCUGUGCCAGUGCCUGUGCUAGAAGGUCUUUGACCCCAUGCCAAUCUUAGGCACUCAGAUAAGAUGUUAUGGAGAGGAAGACCAAGUUAAUAGUUGGAUAAUGGAUCA